AUGAAGCCCGCGGCGCGGGAGGCGCGGCCGACUCCGCGCUCGCCGGGGCUGCGCUGGGCGCUGCCGCCGCUGCUGCUGCUGCUGCGCCUGGGCCAGAUCGUGUGCGCAGGUGACUAACCUAGUCCUGUGUUUGACAGUAAAGCUGUUGUCGUCAGUCCAACCAGUGUGAUCCUCAGCUGGAGAAGCGACGACACAGCUGCUUCUGAGUACACGUAUAGAGUAAAGAACGAGAUGGAAAGUGCGUGGACGCCUGCUGUUACAAAUCAAACAAGGUGGAAUGCGACAGGUGUACAUCCAGGGACUUCAUAUACAUUCUCCAUCACUCCAGGAAUAAUAAGCACUGGAAUGCGGGGAGAUCCCAGGAACAUAACCUUCACAACAGAGCCGAGUCCAGUUUCUGAUCUUCGUGUUGCCUCCGUGGGGGUGACGAAGGUUGCCCUUACCUGGAGCAAUGACAAUGGCACUGCCUCCUGCCGGAUGCUCCUGGAAAGCAUUGGAAGCUGCAAGGAGCCGAUUCCAGACUUAGCAGUCAAUAUUUCAGGCCUGAAGCCAGGGAUUCAAUACAACGUCAACCCGUAUCUUCCAGAAUCAUUUGGGACACAGAGAGACCCCCUGGUGACAGAGAGUGGUUCAGAUGCCCAUGACACAGAGAGAAGGCUGGCAGAGAGCUUGCCCCAGCCACAGGGCAGCCCCUCUGCCCCUACGAUCGAGCCCCACCGUGCACUUGCUGACCCAUCCUCUGGCCCGGAGUCCCGAGACACGGAAGUCCUGCUCGUUGGGCUGAAGUCCUGCACUCAGUACAAGGCCACUGUUUAUUCUCAAGCAGCAGAUGGCACAGAAGGACAGCCCCAGGACAUAGAUUUCUGGACAAAUUCUUGUCAGGUUUUUAACAUCACAAUUGUGACCAUAAAUGCCACAAGCAUGACCCUGAUCUGGGAAAUCAGCUGUAAUGAGUCAUCCUCUGUCAAUACCUACAAGAUAGAAGUGGUUGGGGAGACCGAGCCCCUCAAUCUCACUGUCAAUGAGACUCGUGCCUUCAUCCCUGGACUCAGCUCAAGUACCUUCUACAACAUCACAGUGCGUCCUUUCCUGGGCAGCGAUGAGGGCACGCCAGGCUUUCUCCAAGUGUACACCCCCCCUGGUCCAGUUUCUGACUUUCGAGUGACGAGUGUUGACACAAGGCAAAUUGGCUUAGCUUGGAGCAGUAAUGACUCAAAAUACUUUAAGAUUCUUACCACAUGGGAUGUAGCUGGAGAGCCUCUGGUGAAAACAACCACCAACCAGAAUAUUAUCAUUGAUGGCUUAUACCCUGGAACCAAUUAUAGUUUUGAAAUAUUUCCACAAGGACCAAAUGGGACUGAAGGGGCAUCUCAAACAAUUUACUGUAGAACUGACCCCAGCGUAGUGUUUGACAUCCGCGUGGUCCACGUUACCACCACUGAAAUGCAGCUGGAGUGGCAGAAUACAGACCACAGCUCUGAGUACAUCUACCAUUUACAUAUACAGUCUGUGAAGGGCUCUCACAAAACCAACAGUUCUCACAGAGCAAUCACUCUGCAGGACCUCAUCCCAGGCACCUUGUAUAACAUCACAGUCUCUCCAGAAGUGGACCACGUCCUGGGGGUCUCCAACUCCACUGAACAGUACACACGGCCUAGCGAUGUGGUCAACAUUGAAGUAAGUAUCAACACCACAGAAGCAGCCUUAAGUUGGCAGAACCUUGAUGAAGCCUCUCCCACGUAUUCUUACCGCCUUCUUAUUGGGAAGGAUGGAAAUUCCAGCAACGCAACCCAAGUAGUCACGGGCACUGGAAUCAACUACACGACAGUCACUGAGUUAACACCGGGCUCGUCUUACACAGUAGAGAUCUUUGCACAAGUGGGAAAUGUUACUGAGUCACUGGAGCCUGGCCGGAAGUCAUUCUGCACAGAUCCUGCAUUGGUGGCCUCCUUCCACUGUGAAGUGGUCCCCAGAGAGCCAGCCUUGGUGCUCAAAUGGGCUUGCCCUCCUGGCACCAAUGCUGGCUUCCACCUGGGGCUCAGCAGUGGAGCCUGGAACAACGAGACACGCCUGGAGAGCUGCUCCUCAGAAAACGGCACCGAGUACAGGGCAGAAGUCAAGCAUUUGAAUUUUUCUACCUCAUACAAUAUCAGCAUCACCACCUUGUCCUGUGAAAAGAUGGCACCCCCUGCCCAAAACUCCUGCAGCACUGGCAUCACAGACCCUCCUCCACCAGAUGGAUCCCCUAAUAUCACAUCUGUCAGUCACAAUUCAGUAAAGGUCAAAUUCAGUGGGUUUGAAGCCAGUCAUGGACCCCUCAAAGCCUAUGCUGUUGUUCUUACAACCAGCGAUGCUGGUCACCCUUCUGCAGAUGUUUUGAAAUAUACAUAUGAAGAUUUCAAAAAGGGGGCCUCAGAUACUUAUGUGACAUACCUCAUAAGAACAGAAGAAAAGGGACGUUCUCGGGUCUCCUCUGAAGUUCUGAAAUAUGAAAUUGAUGUUGGGAACGAGUCCAGCACCCUCGGCUACUACAACGGGAAGCUGAAGCCUCUGGGCUCCUACCGGGCUUGUGUGGCCGGCUUCACCAAUAUCACCUUUAACCCUCACCAUGCGGGCCUCAUCGAUGGGUCUGAGAGCUACGUGUCCUUCAGUCCCUAUUCAGAUGCCGUUUUCUUGCCCCAGGAUCCAGGUGUCAUUUGUGGAGCAGUUUUUGGAUGUAUCUUUGGUGCUCUGGUUAUCGUGGCUGUGGGAGGCUUCAUCUUCUGGAGAAAGAAAAGGAAAGAUGCAAAGAACAGUGACGUGUCCUUUUCUCAAAUUAAACCUAAAAAAUCUAAGUUGAUCAGAGUAGAGAAUUUUGAGGCCUACUUUAAGAAACAGCAAGCUGACUCCAACUGUGGGUUCGCAGAAGAAUAUGAAGAUCUGAAGCUUGUUGGAAUUAGUCAACCUAAAUAUGUAGCUGAACUGGCAGAGAAUAGAGGAAAGAAUCGCUAUAAUAAUGUCCUGCCCUAUGAUAUUUCCCGUGUCAGACUUUCAGUCCAGACCCGUUCAACUGACGACUACAUCAAUGCCAACUACAUACCUGGCUACCAUUCCAAGAAAGAUUUUAUUGCUGCACAAGGACCUUUACCCAACACUUUGAAAGAUUUUUGGCGUAUGGUUUGGGAGAAAAAUGUAUAUGCCAUUGUUAUGUUGACCAAAUGUGUUGAACAGGGAAGGACCAAGUGUGAGGAGUACUGGCCCUCCACGCAGGCUCAGGACUACGGGGACAUAACUGUGGCAAUGACAUCAGAAGUUGUUCUUCCAGAAUGGACCGUCAGAGAUUUCACAGUAAAAAAUAUCCAGACGAGUGAGAGUCACUCUCUGCGACAGUUCCAUUUCACCUCCUGGCCAGACCACGGUGUUCCUGACACCACUGACCUGCUCAUCAACUUUCGGUACUUGGUACGUGACUACAUGAAGCAGAUUCCUCCCGAAUCGCCAAUUCUGGUGCAUUGCAGUGCUGGGGUUGGAAGGACGGGCACUUUCAUUGCCAUUGACCGUCUGAUCUACCAGAUAGAGAACGAGAACUCUGUGGAUGUGUACGGGAUUGUGUACGACCUUCGAAUGCACAGGUCCUUAAUGGUGCAGACAGAGGACCAGUAUGUUUUCCUCAACCAAUGUGUUUUGGAUAUUAUCAGAUCCCAGAAAGACUCAAAAGUAGAUCUCAUCUAUCAGAACACAACCGCAAUGACAAUCUAUGAAAACCUUGCACCAGUGACUGCAUUUGGAAAGACAAAUGGUUACAUCACCUAA